AUGGCCAGCCCCUCAGAAGAAAACAUCCUUGAAAAGGAUUUCAGGAUCUUAACAUCUCUAGGCUCUGGUGCAUAUGGGGAGGUGAAGCUUGCCUGCCACCUUCCUACACAGACACAGGUGGCUGUCAAGGUCCUGGAGAAGAAAAAGAAUUCUCUGGCUCGCAUCAACACUGAAGCAAAGAUACUUCAGUCUGUGGAACACAGAAACAUAGUUCAUUUUUUUCAUGUUAUUGACACAAGUUCAACCACUUUUGUGAUUAUGGAGUAUAUUGCAGGAAAAAACCUGGAAUAUUUAAUCAGGGAGAGAUACUUUCUAAAGGAGGAUGAGGUAAGACCAAUAUUCCAACAGGUCGUUUCAGGAGUUCAUUUUCUCCACCAAAAACGAAUUGCCCAUCGUGAUAUUAAAUUGGAAAAUAUCCUUAUUGACGGAGCUGGCAAUGUCAAGCUCUGUGACUUUGGUAUGUCCAGAGAGCUGGCAGAGGGGCAGAUGUUGAAGGAAUUCUGUGGCACCUUAGUCUACUUGGCUCCAGAGAUUUUGGCAAGGAAACCAUAUGAUGGACUGGCGGGGGAUAUGUGGAGCUUGGGAGUUCUCCUAUAUGUGCUGGUCACAGGAAAAUUUCCAUAUGAAGAAACCACCUAUGAACGUAUGUACAGGCUCAUCACCACCACAAUGUUUCCCUGUCCCUACAACGUGUCAGAACCCUGUGUAAUCAUCAUUGCACGAUUACUCAUGGUCCCCACCCUGCACAGAAUAACAAUAUGUCAGCUCCAGAAAAGCGGAUGGCUGGGCAACAUUAAAGAACAUGCAGCACCUACAGCUAAAGAAAUCCUUCCCAGGGUCGUGGAGACCAUGUGCACCAUGGGAUAUACCUGUGAAGACAUUGUAUCAUCCCUAAAACACAGGCAACCAAAUAAUUUAACGGCAACCUUCAAUAUCCUCAAAUACAAACUGAGCUGUGGAGACAGCCAUCAGCAAAAUAAAAAGCCCUGGUUAAAUGACAGUCCUAUAGGUGCUGUUCGCCCCCUUCUCCCCUUGAAGAGGAGAGCAAGUGAACCAGCCUUCCCAACAAGUACAGGAGAAGGGAACAGACAUUUUCAUGAGGAGGGUGUGGAAGGAAGAGGCAGGAGAUGCCAAAGCUACCAAAUGCUCAACAGAUACAGAAAAUAA